AUGCGGCCCGGUGGCCACACGGAAACUGCUGAGACACAGAUCUUCCCGAUAGGCGUUUCGACGUGCGUUUCCCAAACCCGGCCAAAAAGCGCGGCAAUGCUGGUGUGGCUUCACGGCGGGGGCUUUCUCAUCGGCGACGGCUCGCCGCGGGAGUACGGCCCCGAGCUGCUGCUGGACCGCGGCGUCAUCGUGGUCACGCUCAACUACCGCCUGGGCGUGCUGGGGUUCCUGUACGGAGGCCCUGGUUCGGGUGCGCCGGGCAACGCUGGGCUGCGCGACCAGGCGCUGGCACUGCUCUGGGUGCGCGACAACGUGGCGGGGUUCGGCGGCGACCCAGGGAGGGUGACGGUGUGGGGGGAGAGCGCUGGCGCCAUCGGCGCCCACAUGCACAGCAUGGCCGCCGCCGCCCCGUUCCAACGCCUCAUCCUGAGCAGUGGAGUAGCCAUCCUGCCCUGGGCCGUGCAGGACCGACCACUCGACGCCCUCCAGAGGCUGGCUGACACCGUGGGCUGGCCGUCGACGCGGAGCCCCGACCACCCCCGCGACCUCGUCCAGUUCCUGAGGAAGGUGCCCACUGAGCACCUCGUCGCGGCGGGUGGCGCCUUCGAGACCAUGACGGUCGGUACAGCACAGGCCGCAGGGCGAGCCAGGGAGGGUUUAAUCAAAUUUGCUUCUUGGUUACCACGCAUACUUGCAUCCACCUCGAUCCAACUACAUCGAAUGCCAGCGCCCUAG